AUGGCGCACCUCGUCGAGAGCUCUCAGCGCAGCGGCAGCAUCGGCUCCCUGCCCGCAAAAGAGGAUCUCGAGAAGGCUGCAGCUCCCAUCAAGAUCGAACAAGUCACUGACUUCGACGACCCCAACAUCGACAAGGAUGCCGUCCUUCUGGAGGACGACUCUCCCUACCCUGAGGUCCGUUCUGCGGUAGCUAACACAGACGACCCUUCCAUGCCCGUCUCUUCUCUCCGCGUCUGGGUCAUCGGCUUGAUUUGGGCUAUCAUCAUCCCGGGCAUGAACCAGUUUUUCUUCUUCCGUUUCCCCAGUGUCACUGUUGGCGGCAUUGUAGCCCAGCUGAUCUCGUUCCCUGUUGGCCGCGCUUGGGCGAAGUUCAUGCCCAAUGUCAAGGUCUUUGGAGUUGCGGUUAAUCCCGGUCCGUUCACCGUCAAGGAGCACGUCCUCAUCACCAUCAUGGCCAGCGUCGGCGCUGGGUCCGCUUACGCGACCGACAUCGUCGCAGUUCAGCGGGUGUACUACAAUCAGAUCUACAGCUUCGGAUGUGCGUGGUGCGCUGUAAUUCCAAGGCUCCUUACCCAUAUCGGGUUCUCCAUCGGUGGCAUCGCGCGUCGCUUCCUCGUACAACCGCCGUCAAUGAUCUGGCCUGCGAACCUCGUUACUUGCGCUCUGUUCAAUACCCUCCACUCGCAGCAGUACGCCGGAGUGGGAGACCGCGGAGGGAUUAGCCGCGAACGGUUCUUCUUCUACAUGUUCACCGCAUCGGCUGUUUGGUAUCUCUUCCCCGGCUAUAUCUUCCAGGCCCUCUCGUUCUUCAACUGGGUCUGCUGGAUUGCCCCGGACAAUGUUAUCGUCAACCAGCUUUUCGGCUAUAACUCUGGGCUGGGCAUGUCCCUCAUUACGUUCGACUGGUCUCAAAUCGCGUACAUUGGUUCGCCACUCGCCACGCCGUGGUGGGCCGAGGCGAACGUCGCCGCCGGAUUUGUUUUCUUCUUCUGGAUCGUCACCCCGAUUAUGUACUACUCAAACACGUUGUACAGCAAGUUCAUGCCGAUCUCGUCCCGCACGUCUUUCGACCGCUUUGGUAUGAGUUACGACGUCAGCCGUAUCAUCAACCCCGACUCCACUCUCAACGUCGAGCUGUACGAGUCCUACAGCCCCUUGUUCCUGUCGACGACUUUCGCGCUCUCCUAUGGCCUGUCCUUUGCGUCAAUAACCGCGACGCUCAUGCACACAUUCCUCUACUUCCGGAAGCAAAUCUGGGUGCAGUCGAGGCGCUCAAUGAGUGAGCAGCCUGACAUCCACGCGCGUCUCAUGAGCCAGUACCCGCAAGUCCCGGAGUGGUGGUACGGCAUCAUCUUCGUCACGAUGUUCGUCUUUGGCGUCAUUUCGAUUGAGCUGUGGCACACGCAGUUCCCUGUCUGGGCGUUCGUGCUCGCCUUGAUCAUCUCGUUCGUGUAUACCAUCCCGAUCGGUAUGAUACAGGCCAUCACCAACCAGCAGAUAGGUCUCAACGUCGUCACCGAACUCAUCAUUGGCUAUGCCCUCCCCGGUCGCCCUGUCGCUAUGAUGAUGUUCAAGACCUGGGGCUAUAUCACUAUGGCGCAGGCUCUCACUUUCACGUCCGACUUCAAGCUGGGCCACUACAUGAAGGUAGCCCCGCGUCCCAUGUUCUUCGCGCAAGUCAUUGCGACCAUUGUUGCGGGUACCGUGCAACUUGGCGUGCAGGCGUGGAUGUUCACAAACAUUCCCGACAUGUGCUCUCCCAACCAGAAGAACGGUUUCAUCUGCCCGUCCACACAAGUCUUCGGGACGGCCUCGAUCAUCUGGGGAGUCAUCGGGCCGGCGCGCCAGUUCUCCAAGGGCCAGAUCUUCUACGGCUUGGUGUUCUUCUUCCUCAUCGGCGCGGUCUUGCCCCUCUUCGGCUAUCUGAUCACGUUGAAAUGGCCGAACUCGUUCAUGAAAUACGUCAACUUCCCGGUCAUCUUCUCUGGGACGGGCCUCAUCCCGCCCGCGACGGCAUUCAACUACGUACCCUGGACGAUUGUCGGCUUCGUGUUCAAUUACGUCAUCCGUCGCCGUCAUUUCUCGUGGUGGACCAAAUACAACUACGUGCUGUCCGCUGCGCUGGACUCUGGCGUUGCGGUGUCGGUGAUCCUAAUCUUCUUCAUCUUGGAGUACCCCGACAACGGCAACAUCGGCAAGAACACGAUCCAGCAGUGGUGGGGCAACACAGUGUGGUUCAACAAUGCCGACGGCAGGGCCGAAGCCCUUAUCAAGCUCGCCCCGGGCGACACCUUUGGACCGACCACAUGGUGA